AUGGUGUUCAAGAGGAAGUUAGAUUGCCUAUCUGUUGGCUUUGACUACCCCAACAUUCCCAGGGGUCCUCGUUCAUGCAGGAGGAAGGUCCUAAACAAGAGGAGCGAUGAUGACACUCAGACGUGUGGAAUGGACUUGCUCGCUUCUCUAGCUGGAAAGCUGCUGGAGGAAUGCGAUAGUUCCUCAGCGUCAUCCAACGCGUUUGAAGGGAACAACAAUCAGGAGAAUUUCGGUAAAGAAGUUAAACAAGAACAAGAAGAUCGAUACAAACCUUUUAAGUCUGAGUCCUCUGACCAGGGAAACUCUGUGUCAAAGCCUACUUAUGAACACACUAGUGAGAAGUGUGUGGUUAACAGUUUUCAGUUCCCUAACUUUCCUGAUAAUGACGGCAUUUUGGAGCGAACUCCGAUGUCUGAUUACAAGAAGGUUCAUGGGUGUGACUUCCACGUCAAAUCUGAAGGCAUCACUGGAGAGACGGGUGGUGCUAAUGUGAAUACUGGGUUUGAACAGGGAGAAGCAACAACCGAUGGCUUAAUCACUGACAUUUGCCACUUAGAUGAUACAACGAAGUUUCCGAGAUCAGUCUGCGUGGGUGGUGAUGUAAAAGCGCCAUCUUGCGUGAAGAUGACCUCUAAUGGUUCCUUUGCUAGACAUGGGAACCAUACUAACCUAGUAGGUAGAGAUGAUGAUGAAAAAUUAUAUAGUUAUCAUAAGCUUAGCAGUAAAUUUAAGACGUAUAGGUCUCCAACAAUUCGAAGAAUAAGAAAGUCGCUGGCGUCCAAAUACUGGAAACAAUUUCCCAAGGAUUUUGGACACAGCAGAGCUGAUGCUGGUGUAAAGAAUCUUUACCGCAAAAGAAAGUCAUGUUAUGGAUACAACGCAUGGCAGCGUGAGACCAUUUAUAGAAGGAGAAAAUCAUCUGACAGAAGCUCGGGUGUAACUUCUGAUGGAGGACACAGUAGUGGAAGUGUUUCCAAGUUACCCGAGAAGCGAGAUGCAGUAAAGCUAAGCAUUAAGUCCUUUAGGAUUCCAGAGCUUUUUAUCGAAGUUCCAGAAACUGCAACAGUAGGAUCAUUAAAGAGGACAGUGAUGGAGGCUGUAAGUGUUUUACUCAGCGGUGGAAUACGUGUUGGGGUAUUAGUUCAGGGGAAAAAGGUCAGAGAUGACAGGAAAACUCUGUCACAAACUGGGAUCUCAUGUGAAGAGAAUCUAAGCAAUCUUGGAUUCUCCUUGGAGCCUGGCCUCAGCAAAGUUCCCGUACCUUUGUGUUCCGAAGAUCCUGUUGUGCCAGCAGACCCUACAAAUAUGUCUGAACGGUCUGCGGCUUCUCCCACGUUAGAUUCUAGUAUUCCACACGCAGAUGACGUGGUUGAUCCAGGAAAUGUUGUGGACAAUAACCUCGAAAUAGUUCCAUAUCAGAGUGACAUAUCUGUUGACGAACCUUCAUCAGAUUCAAGAGCGCUUGUUCCUGUUCCAGCCUUGGAAGUUAAGGCGCUUGCCAUAGUUCCACUGAACCAGAAACCUAAGCGUAGUGAGCUUGCCCAGCGCAGAACCAGGAGACCAUUCUCCGUGACAGAGGUAGAAGCUCUAGUUCAAGCAGUUGAGGAACUCGGGACUGGAAGAUGGCGUGAUGUGAAACUGCGUGCUUUCGAGAACGCAGAUCAUCGAACCUACGUGGACUUAAAGGACAAAUGGAAGACGCUGGUUCACACAGCAAGUAUAUCGCCACAGCAACGAAGAGGAGAGCCGGUGCCACAAGACCUCCUUGACAGAGUCUUGAGGGCAUACGGGUAUUGGUCGCAGCACCAAGGGAAACAUCAGGCGAGAGGAGCACCCAAAGAUGCAGACAUGAACAGAGGUCGAGCUCUUGAAUCAGGUGUUUCAGUGUAA